AUGCUUAUCACGCCGGCGAAUCCAUGCGGUGGCAUAGCCGGGAUAUUCGUUAGCGGGCAGAGAGCUCGAAUAACCGAAAUAACGGGAUAUUCGUUAGCCACAAACUCAAAUGAACGAAACAUUCUUCUCACAGUCCCUACGGCGGUGGCGGCAACGGUGAGAGCGAGGAAGCCGUUCCGGUGCGGUGCUCGGAGAAGAGUGAGAGACGACGUACGUGAAGAUGAAGAUGAGUCCUACGGCUACAACGAGGAGAUAGCGAUGCUAGAGAUUUACAGCCAGUCGUGUAGAGAAGAAGCGCUUAUCGUGACGGCCAUCGUCGACGAUGAAGAAGAAGUCGAAGUCCUCAUCUUCAGAGGAGUUUCGUCGUGUCUGAGCGGAGAGACGGCCGUGGAUCCGGCGAGGAGUGUGUUGCCGGAGAGAGCAGUGAUCAAACAGAUAGAUAGAGUGAGAGGUCCUUUUGAUCCUUCACAGAUUCAUUACAUACAAAAGGGACUCUCUUUCCAAGCCUUCAAGGAGACCAUCAUCACCACAAGCUACUGA